AUGACCACAUGGCAUGCUGCCCUGAAGGAUGUGAAUAAGGAUGCAAAAAGGGUUGGUCCCAAUGUACCCAAGGUAGCUUACUUCUUUCCCAGCCCAAGUCUGUUUAUGAGGGGUGAGUCCUCCAAUUGCCAGCAGUUGUACCUGAGGAAUUGGUUAGCGUCUCAAGCAGGUUGGAUCACUAGUCUUUCUGCCUCAGAUGUGUCUCCUGUUAUCCCUUGGUCCUGGUGGGAUUUCCUGAACACAACUCCCACACAGAUUUCAUCCACAUUUUCUGGUGACCAACUAUGUGAAUCUGCUGCCCUCUUCAGUCCCAAGCUCAUCAACCUCCAACAUGACAUACCUAGCCAUGUACAAUUCCAGGAUAUUUCAAUUUCCCUUGCAGACCUUGCUACCAUUGAUCAGAUGACAAAAAGCAAGAUUUUAUGGGAUUUAUAUGAACACAACUUCUGCUUCAAGUUGGUCGCUCUUGACCAUGCAAUGAUGCCUAGCUUGUUGUCGAAUCAGGAUUCAGAGCAGCUUGAUCAUGUCCAGCAGAUUUUCCCUGGUGAUUCAGAAUUCAUCAUGUGUGCUGAGCCUUUCCCUCAGCAAAAUCAAGGCCUUGGCUCAUCCAACUUUCAAUUGAAACAGGAGUACAUAGAGAAGCUCUGGGCAUUACUUGCUGUAUGGCCAGGAUGCCCCUCAGACUUGGCAGAGCCAAUUAUGCCAUUAGCAUCAUUGUUGCAUGUCUGGGCAAUGGAAAAGAAGUUGGCUAUAUUUUAUGUACAGCCAUUCUUUGAUACUUUUGGUUGUCUGCCCCUUCUUCCCCACCUUAUUCCAACUGCACCACAUGGUUAUGGUUCAAAUAGUUGGUAA